AUGACGCGCUCGCGUUCACGAGGUCGUGCCAAUGUCGUUGGCUCGGCUUCGAACCAAUUGGCUCGGAACACCAAUCGAUCUUCUUCCAGAGCCAGCUUCCUGGGUCGAUCUCGCCAACGCACUUACCAGAUCUACGAGGAGAGCGAGGAAUCCAAUGCUGCACAGCAGAGGUGGAGGAGCGAAUCAAGAACUGUGAGAGGAAGCUUGGAUGACGGCGAUGGGUACGUCUUUUCCGACGAUGAUGGCGUCGACGCCACUACGAACAAGGCCAGCAAGGAUUCACAGUCUCACAAGCUGGCCUCCACAGUCGAGGAGGCCUCCGCAACGCGGUCUCAGGGCACCACACUUGGCUCCCAUUCGACGUCGACAGCUCUUCCAUCCCAAGAUACUGAAAAGGUACCACCUUCCUCCGACAGGCAAAGCAAGGAAAAGGACAUUGAAGCACAACAAAAGUCCGCACCUAAACCCGUCUCCCGACUAUCUCGCAUCCCUUAUCCCAUCGCCCACUUCCUUGGAUAUCGAAAAAAGUCGACAGAGAACCGUGCCCUGAUUCGACCGGCUGAAAAGCUCCCUCGCAAGAUCGAGACCCUCAUCUGGGCAUGGAUCGGAGCCGCUCUCGGUCUCGGCUUCGUCAUGAUUACCUUUUCGCGCUGGGAUCAGUUCGCCUCGUCUUCCAACGAUCCCAUCACUGUCUGGACCGCUCCCAUCAUCAUCGGCUCGUUCGGCGCCUCCAGCGUCAUACUCUACGGCACACCCGCUUCGCCGCUCGGCCAACCGAAAGCCUUUAUGGGAGGUCAGUUCCUCUGUGCGCUCACUUCAAUUUGCAUCACGAAGCUUUUUGAGCUUAACCGACACUACAAUCCGAGCCUGAUCGAUUCGUCGCAGAGCCUGGUGUGGGUAGCUGGAGGCAUUGCUACUGGCACGGCGUUGUGCGUGAUGAUCUUGACCGACACGGUACAUCCUCCGGGUGGAGCAACUGCUUUGCUGGCCGCGACGAGUCCUCCCGUGAUCAAGCUCGGCUGGCACUAUCUACCAGUGGUAUUGCUUUCAAGCGUCAUCAUGGUCGCCUGGGCUAUGGUUUGGAUGAACCUGGGAAGGUCGAGGUACCCGCAUUACUGGUUGUGGCCUGUCGGUCAUCCCAAUGACCGACGAGACUUUCGCGUCAAGUUCCCGGGCUUCGGCAAAGUCAGCAAGGCAAGCCCGGUGGGUCACAAGUCUCGAUGA